AUGUCAGCAACCCCAAAAACACAAUUUGGUUAUGGAUAUAAUAUAAAUCAUAAAAAAAUUCAAAAAUUUAAUAAUUUACCAAUACCAAAAGUUGGACCAAAUGAAAUAUUAUUAAAAAUUGAAGCAGCAGGAUUAUGUUUAUCUGAUCCUCAUACAUUAAUAGCUGGACCAUUACCUCAACAACCACCAUUAAAAAAUAAAGAAAAAUUUAUAAUGGGUCAUGAAAUAGCAGGAUCUGUAUAUGAAAUUGGUUCAGAAAUUGAAAAAAAUUUAAAGAAUACAAAUAAUAAAUAUCAAAAAGGUAAAAGAUUUGCUUUACAAAUUAAUUAUUGUUGUGGACAUUGUGAAUUUUGUAGAAUUGGAUUAGAUGGUUCAUGUUCAUCAACUAAUCAAGCUUAUGGAUUAAAUGAAGAUGGUGGUUUUCAACAAUAUCUUUUAAUUAAAAAUUUAAGAACUUUAUUACCAAUACCUGAUAAUGUAUCAUUUGAAGAUGCUGCUGUUUGUACUGAUUCAGUAUUAACUCCAUUUCAUGCUAUACAAAAAGUAAAACAUAAAAUUCAACCAACUUCAAAAAUUUUGGUACAAGGUUGUGGAGGUUUGGGAUUAAAUGCUAUACAAAUUUUAAAAAAUUAUGGUUGUUUUAUAGUUGCAACUGAUAAAAAAGAAGAUAUUAAAUCAACUGCUUUGAGUUAUGGAGCUAAUGAAUUUUAUAAUGAUAUUGAAGAAGAUUCAAAUCAUGAAUCACAAUCAUUUGAUAUAAUAUUUGAUUUUGUUGGAAUUCAACAAACUGUAGAUAUUUCAAAUAAUUAUUUAAAAAAAAGAGGUACUUUAUCAAUGAUUGGAUUAGGAAAAUUUCAAUUAAUUUUACCAAAUUUUUUAUUUGCUGUUAGAGAAAUUGAAGUUAUUUAUAAUUUUGGUGGUAAUUCAAUUGAACAAAUUGAAUGUAUGAAAUGGAUUUCAAAAGGUUUAAUCAAACCAAAUGUUACAAUUGUUGAUUUUAAUAAAUUACCUGAUGCAUUGGAAGAUUUAAUUAAUGAUAAAGUAAGAGGUAGGGUAGUAUUUAGACCAAAUAAGUUAUAG